AUGCCCUUCUCCUCCGCCAUCAUCGGACCUCGCCCCUCCGUAUGGUCGUCGGGAAGCCGCCUCAGAUCUCUGAACCUCGUCCUUCGAAGUUCCAUCUCGCCGGCAGCAUUGGCCACCGGUAGCACUACUCCGACGAACGAAGAUGUUGCUCACACCAUUCUGCAACAGAAAUCCGCCGCCGGGGCCCUGCAGACCUUCCGAUGGGCCUCCCGGCUUGCCUCGUUCCGCCACGACGCAUGCACCUACCGGGCCCUCAUACGAGCUCUCGUCUCAUUCCGCCGCUUCGACAACGCCAAGGAGAUCCUCGCCGAGAUUCCCGCCGCCACCGGCCGGCCGCCCGACGACGACACCUUCAUCGCCAUCGUCCGCGGUCUCGGCCGCGCUGGGAUGAGCCGUGAAGCGGUCAAGGUGGCCGAUCUUUUGACGGCCCCCGCGUUCGGCAUCAAGAACCCCUCGAUUAAGGUCUUCAACUCGAUUCUCAAUGUGCUGGUCGGAGAAAACAUUGACCUAGCCAGGGACUUCUACAGGGUGAAGAUGAUGGGAUCCGGUGUUCGUGGUGACGACUACACUUUCGGGAUACUGAUGAAGGGCCUCUGCCGGACGAACAGGAUCGCCGAAGGAUUUAAACUUCUGAUUCUGUUCAAGUCUUCUGGAUUGGCUCCUAAUCCAGUGAUCUACAAUACUCUGAUUCAUGCUCUUUGUAGGAAUGGCAAAGUGGGGAGGGCGAGGAGCCUCAUGAGCGAGAUGGGCUGUCCAAAUGAUGUUACCUUCAACAUUAUGAUAUCAGCCUACUGCGGGGAGGGGAACUACCUCCAGGCCAUGGUGAUGCUGGAGAAGUGCUUCGACCUUGGAUACAUCCCUGAUGUUGUUGCAGUGACGAAGAUUGUGGAUAUUUUGUGCAACGAGGCUCGAUUCUCGGAGGCAGUGGAGAUUCUGAACAGAGUCGAGGAUAAGGGGGGAGUCGUCGAUGUGGUGGCCUAUAAUACUCUAAUUGAAGGUUUCUGCAGGGUGGGGAAACCGAGUGUCGGGCAACGCGCUGUGAAGGAGAUGGAAGCCAAGGGUUGUCUCCCCAAUCUGCGCACCUACAAUUCGCUGAUUUCUGGGUUCUGCGCAGCGAGGGACAUUGAUUCGGCCAUUGAUCUGCUCGGAGAAAUGAAAGAAGACCAGAUCAACCCAGAUUUCAACACGUAUGACACGAUCAUCAGAGGGUUCUGCACAGUGGGAAGAGUUGACGAGGGGUACAAGUUCUUGAGGACGAUGGAAGAACAAAGAGGGGAGCUUGGGAAGAGAAUCGGACCUUACAACAGCAUCAUAUAUGGGCUAUACAGGGAGAAGAGACUGUGCGAAGCACAGGAGUUUCUGGAGAAGAUGGGGGAGUAUUUCCCAAGAUCUGUUGGACGCCACAAGAAGAUUUCCUCUCUCUGUCAAAAGGAGUCAUUCGAGGAAGCCAUGAAGGUUUAUGAACAGAUGGUUGGGGAAGGCGGCACUCCCUCUGUACUUGCUUACGCCAGCUUGAUCGACGGACUUUGCCGAGAGAAGAACACGCGUGAAGCAUUCAAUCUGAUGAAUGAGAUGAUCCAGAGGGGCUAUGCCCCUGUGGUUUCGACUUUCAAUUCUUUGAUCCGUGGGUUCUGCAGGGAGGGGAAAUCAAUGAGUGCCGUGAAGCUGCUCGAGGAAAUGAUCACAAGAGGCUGCUCACCAGAUUCAGGUAGCUACACUCCCAUCAUUGAGACUCUUUGCAGGCAAGAGAAUCUGCACAAGGCCUUCCAUUUGCUUGAUGAAAUGGCUGGGAAUGAUCUCCCCCCUGAUCAGACAGUGUGGGAGACUCUGGUCAACUCCCUGAGUCGAAGUCCUCCAUGGAUGGAGAAUCAACGCGGAGUUCACAAGAUCAUGGAAGAUGUUCUCUGCCAGAGCUGA